AUGGCGCAAUCAGAUACCGCUGUUGGUUCCAUAUAUGCCGAGCUGCUCUCGAACAUCAGACAAGUGUCAGUUAGAGCCACGCUGUUGUCGCCAUCGGAUGCGACGACCAAGGCCGAGAUUCUCGAUGACGGCCGCCGCAUUCAGAUUCACCACCAGGGUGCAGUAAGAAUACUAGACCUUCCAGCAACUGUCCUAGUACGAUCUACGAUCCCCAUCCCAGAGAAUUCCUCGCAGGACUUGACCUGGAGGCUACCAGUGCCGGCCACUGAGACGCAACUGACAAGAUUCUCUGCCGAGAACCAGUCAGUGCCUUGGAGCUCUACGGAUCUCAAAGUCGGCUCUUGUAUCUGCUGCAGACACUGCAAUUACAAUAUUGUCAAACAUGGCCGUAUAAAAUCAUGGAAGGAUUUACCCAGCGAGAACUGGGCAGAAAUGAUGGAGUUCUGGCACUGCCAUAAGCCUCAUGACCAUGAGCACCACGAUGGCGAGAAUCUCUCCAAGCGCGGCUACGGAGCUAAUAGUGCAAUUACCGCCCAACCUGAAGUUGGCUUUGUGGACCUCACAUCUUUCAUGUUCUCUGAGUCGGAUUGUGAUGGACUGUCAGUAAGUUUCACCCAGCUCGCUCCCCCCAAAGCUGUCUGCUUUUUAGAGGUGGGGAAAGAGAAGGUGGCCUAG